AUGAAUGCACAGCUCGUGGAGGUUUUCUUGCAGAUUGGGCUGUCCAAGUUGAUGCUGGCCAGUGACCAGCUCACCACAGAGGAGGACGAGGACGAGGAGGCGCCCCGCUGCCCGGACGCCCCCGGCCCGCUGUCCCCCGCGCCGCCGCCGCCCCACGAGUGGACCUACGAGGAGCAGUUCAAGCAGCUGUACGAGCUGGACGACGACCCCAAGCGAAAGGAGUUCCUGGACGACCUCUUCGGCUUCAUGCAGAAGCGAGGGACGCCCGUGAAUCGCAUCCCCAUCAUGGCCAAGCAGGUGCUGGACCUGUACACGCUGUACCGGCUGGUGACCGACAAGGGCGGCCUGGUGGAGGUGAUCAACAAGAAGAUCUGGAGGGAGAUCACCAAAGGCCUCAACCUGCCCACCUCCAUCACCAGCGCCGCCUUCACCCUGCGCACCCAGUACAUGAAGUACCUGUACCCCUACGAGUGUGAGAAGCGAGCGCUCAGCUCCCCGGGCGAGCUCCAGGCCGCCAUUGACAGCAACCGGCGGGAGGGCCGGCGGCAGAGCUUCAGCGCCGCGCUCUUCAGCUACUCGCCCGUGGGCACGCCCACCAUGCUGGCCUCCCCCAAGGGCCCCGUGCCUGCCCUCGCCCUCGCCACCCACGGCUGCAGCCAGCUCGCCCAGGUGCACGCCAUCAAGAAAGAAGAUGGCCUGCUGUCCACGGCGGUGCCUGGGCGCCUCACCAUCCCCGUGAGCCUGGCGGGGCACCGCCUGGCAGCCGCCUCCCAGGCCGCGGCGCUGGAGCAGCUGCGGGAGAAGCUGGAGACAGGGGAGCCCCCCGAGAAGAAGAUGGCGCUGAUGGCGGAGGAGCAGCAGCGGCUGGUGCAGCACGCCCUGCAGCAGAACCUCCUGGCCAUGGCCUCCCAGCUCCCCAUGAGUGUCAAGAUCGGCAGCCGAGAUGACAGACAGGAGACCGCAUUGAACCUGUCCACCACAGGUAUUAGCAGCAUCAACAUGUCAAUAGAAAUAAAUGGAGUUGUCUACACAGGUGUCCUGUUCGCCCGCCGGCCAGCAGUGCCCGGAGCCCCCGGCAGCGCCGGCGGGGGCAACACCCAUGGGCGGGUGAGCCCAGCGCCCUCCCAGAACCAGCUGCUGUCAACCUCUUCCCACAGCCACACUCCCGCCAGCACCUCGCCAUGA